AUGGCGGCUCAGACCGGCUUGUCGGCAACGGGCCUUGUCAACUGUAGUGAUGUUUCACGCCCGGUGGCUCUGUCCGCGGAGGCCGCCCCGUUCACUCCGCUCGGGACGGACAGCUGGCGGCUCGGCUCAUCGUCUGACGCCGAGAAACAGUUUUCUCGCUGCGCGGCACGGCUCAGAGCCCUGCGAGCAAGCUCGGACCAGCUCAGAGAGGAGCUCAACCUGCUGUUUGACCAGAUCCUGUCCGAAAACUACAACAAAACCUUCGAGCCCAGCAUCAGCAUCCGACCAGAGGAUGUGUGCAGUCUGCUGAAACACGCCAGCUCACUUGUGCCGCUGAGUCAAGAACAUUUAGUCAUCAAGCUCUGCCAGCUAGUACAUCACCUGCUCAAUCAGCUAAAGGUAAUAAUGGACGGGCAGACAUUGGAUGUAUUGGUGAACUACACCACCAGUGCACUGAAAGAGUGCAGUACGUGGACACACUCAGAUGUCCUCCUGGCACUGUCCACAAUAGUGUAUGGCAAUGGACCUCAGUGCCACCAGCACCUCAGUGACUUGCUGGGGGAAGACGGAGUCCUACUGCUUUAUAGUUCUCCAUCUCAGUCGAAUAUGGAGCUACGCCGUGUUGCUCUCACCUGUAUGGCCAACAUCUGUCUCAGGAUUCCUGGUCAGCCACCUUUGGAUGAUCAAUGCAGGAGUGUAUCUUUCAACAUCUUCCUGAAAACGCUGCAGUCACCCAAACCUCCCAACACCGAUGAGCUCUUCUACUGCAUGGUGAUCCAGGCAGCACUGAAGGGGCUUCAGUGUUGUCUCUCAGGUGGGAAGUGGAAAUUUGGUGAAGGGGAGGAGCUUGGGUCUAUACUGGCCUCACUUAAGAGGCUCAUGUUUCAGGGAACUCCAGGUGUGAGUGUCGAGUGGCCGGCUGUGCUUUACCCAGCACCUCUUCCUCAGUACGAGGGUCUCUUUGCACCAAAACCUGCUGAACCACCAAAACCCUCUGAACCACCAAAGGAUGCUGUGCCCGGCAAAACUUCAGGGAAUAAAAAGAGAAAAUCCAGAGGGAAGGGGAAGAAGACGAGCAGAGGAGAUGAUGGGGAGGAAGAUGAUAGAGAGGCAGUGCCUGCACUUCAGAGAGGAGGAGGAAGAGAGGGUGGCAGAGAUGAGGCAGAGUCUAAACCCUCUGUGCUGUCUCUCUACCCCUCCUGGAAAAGAAACAGUUCUGACUCAGAGUUUUCCGACCCAGAAGGCAACGCACAGAGCAAAUUAAGGCUUUACCAUGCUCGUGUGCGUCAGGGAGCGCUACACUGUCUGCUGGCGGUGGUGAAAGGUGUAGAGAAAAGGACUCUGUACGGGUACUGGUCCUCCUUCAUCCCUGACUCUCCUACCGGGGGACCACCGCCUCUCACUCUGCUCACAAUUAUACUAAAGGACCCCUCACCAAAGGUGCGUGCAUGUGCGCUUCAGGUGUUGUCGGCCAUGCUGGAUGGCUCCCGUCAGUUCCUGGCUGUGGCUGAAGAUACGGCCUCCCCUCGAACAUCUUACACCCCUUUCUCCUUCUCGCUGGCCACUGUCGUCAGAGAGCUGCAUCGCACUCUCAGUCUGGCUCUGCUGGCUGAGACCUCCCCUCAGACACUCACACAGGUCAUAAAGUGUCUGGCCUACCUGGUGGCGAAUGCUCCCUACCACCGCCUCAGACCAGGUUUGCUCAGCCCGCUCUGGAAGCAGAUGCGUCCCUAUGUGCGCCACAGAGAUGCGAAUGUUCGAGUGUCAGUCCUCACACUUUAUGGCGCUCUGGUGACGACCCAGGCUCCUCUCCCUGAGGUGCAGCUCCUCCUCCGACAGCCGGAGGGCAGCAGCAGCAGCAGUGCUGGCUCAUUCACGCCACAAGACUCGGCUCUCAGCUGGAGACAAAGAGACGGGGUGUCUUCACCCUCUCACACGCCAGCCACACCCUCCCAGCGGAGCUCGUGCACACACUCCCCCCACGUUCCCCGCACACCGGUGGAGGAGGACGCCUCCUCGCCCUGGCUGCUGCAGCUGUGUGUGUCGCUGGUGACUCAGCCCAGAGAGGACCAAUCAGACAGUGAGGGGGCGGGGUCAGGAGGAGGUGCUGCUUUAGAGCCCUCCCCUGUCCGACUGGAAGCUCUACAGGUCAUGUCCCACCUCGUUCGGGGCUACUUCUGUCUGGUCCAGUCAUGUCUGUGUGAGAUUGGGCAGGUGAGCGCUCGCUGCCUUAGGGAGACAGACCCCUCCAUACAGCUGCAUGGAGCGAAGUUACUGGAGGAGCUGGGGACAGGAACAAUCCAGCAGUACAGAGCAGAGAACAACGUGCCGGAGAGUUCGAGGGUCCCCAUGAGCCAAGUGGUGCUGUUUUGGUCAGAAGUGUUGAGCGGUCCCCUUAAUGGAGCGCUGCAGAAUGAACAGCAUCCCACACUGCAGACGUGCGCCUGCGACACGCUCUCCUCCAUCCUGCCGCAGGCCUUCGCUCAGCUGCCUGACAAGACCCAGCUGAUGUGCAUCACCGUGCUGCUGGGCCUGACCUACAGUGAAAACUAUAUGGUGAAGACCGCAGCCGUCAGGGCUUUAGGAAUCUACAUACUGUUCCCUUGUCUUAGAGAGGAUGUGAUGUUCGUGGCAGACACAGCAAACACCAUCCUCGCUGCCCUGGAUGAUCGAUCUCCAAACGUCCGUGCCAAGGCCGCCUGGUCCCUGGGCAACCUCACAGAAACACUUACUGUUAAUAUGGAGAGUGUAGGUGUGGACUUCCAAGAGGAGUUAUCAGACAUGCUGCUGCUCAGGAUGUUACAGGCAGCCACCAAAGCAUCGGGGGACAAAGACAGGGUGAAGUCUAGCGCGGUGCGGGCACUCGGGAAUCUGCUUCAUUUCCUGCGCCAGAGUCAGCUGACCCGGUCUGCCUUCCAGCGCCCUCUGGAAGACGCAGUCCGUGCUUUGGUUAAAACGGUCCAAUCAGAAGCCACCAUGAAGGUCCGAUGGAAUGCCUGUUAUGGAUUGGGAAAUGCUUUCAGAAACCCCGCCCUGCCGCUCGAAUCAGCCCUGUGGUCUUGUGACGCGUUCUCCUCCCUCUGCCAUGUUGUCACUUCCUGCAAGAACUUCAAGGUGCGGAUCAAGUCUGCUGCAGCCCUGGCAGUUCCCAGCCGCCGCAGCUGCUACGGGGACACGAAGCAGUUCCUCUGUGUGUGGCGCUCCCUGGCCACAGCGCUAGAGAACAGCGAGGACACGAACGACUUCUUAGAGUACCGUUACAGUGCCAGCCUGCGACACACGCUCUCACAGGCCCUCCUACACCUGCUCAGUGUCAGCCAGUUGCAGGACAUGCCCGCCCUCGGGGCAUCGCUGGCCAGGGAGGAGGGGAGUGUUAUCAAAGAGCAUUUGAUCAAAUAUGUCAGAGCGCAGGAAGGAGGAGGAGACGGGGAACAGAGAGAGAAAGAUGCAGUUGGGGACAGUGUCACCCCUCAGCAGAGAGUUGGAGGUCUGCAGCAGACCCUGAUCAGACUGAGGGGGCUGAAGGCUGAAGGGGAGGGACGAGGAGAGGAGGAGAGAGGGAAGGAGGUGGUGGUACAUUUCCUGGAGGAUUUGCUGAAGACCUGUGAAGAGCUGUAAAGCUGAGCGCUGAGUUUCCGAAUUCUGUCUGAGAUCACAAAGAUCUCAGUUUGAAUGCAUCGGAGGAGAAACGUCUAACCACAAACCAACUGAUGACUGAAGGCCAAGAUUAUGCAAUAAGGCACCAUAAGACCCUCUAGCUUUUGUUUUCUUAUGUACAUUUCAAGACAUUAUGAAGUUCAGUGCCUUAUAUACUUUUAUCUGCAACCCUGAUUCCAAAAAAGGUUUUCAGUUGAGUAUAUGUCAGAAAAGAUUAGCAAACUAUAGCAUUUGUUUUAUUAUGUUUAACACGUCUCAACUUUUUUGUAGUCAGGGUUGUAUCCUCUUGCACUCUUUUGUGAAUCAAAGGUGCAGGUAGCGACAAAGUGGCAAAUUCAGCGUUUAUCUCCUCAUGGUCUGCCAGCUGUCUGUUCUGUGUGCGCACUGAAAAAGAAUCUGGUGUUCAUACACAGCCCUGAAGGGGAAAACAAACACAACACUAUUGCAGCCAAUCAUGUUUUCUAUAUACUGAUUUUUGUGUGGCCUGCCACAAUAUCAACAUUGACUGCCACAUGUUGCUUGGUGCGACCAUAGUGGACUUGCAGUUAUUUUACACAAUCUGAAUCAAUGGAGCAUUGUAUGUAUACUAUAAUUUGUCUGACACAUCAUGAAGCAGUGGAGCUGUAGCUCUAUAUAUUGUUGAGUUAUUUAUUGUUUUACAUGUGUGGAAUGCUUUUUAAACAUCAGUUUGCCAUGAGUUAUUUACAGUGGCUUCAGAAAGUAUUCAGACCCCUUCGUGUUUUGCACACUAUUGUGUUCUAGGUCCGUCGUGGUGAAGAAGGAGCUGAGCGAAAGGCAAAGCUCUCGAUUUAACAGUUAAUUUAUGUUCCUACCCUCACCUAUGGUCAUGAACUUUGGGUCAUGACCGAAAGAAUGAGAUCUCGGAUACAAGCGGCUGAAAUGAGUUUCCUCUGCAGGGUGGCGGGGCGCUCCCUUAGAGAUGUGGUGAGGAGCUCUGUGACUCGAGAGGAGCUCAGAGUAGAGCCACUGCUCCUCCACGUCGAGAGGAGCCAGCUGAGGUGGCUCGGGCAUCUUUAUCAGAUGCCUCCUGGACGCCUUCCUGGGAGGGUGUU